AUGACUAUAAACGAUAAUAGCAACAUUGAUGGCCAGAACGUGACAAUGGGUUUGAAACUGAACGGAGCAAGCACCAACGGACAUUCCACCAACGGGAUGCAUGCGGAAGGCAUCUCAACUGACACCAACGGCUUAAAUGGUAUUUCAGCUGAUGCGGUCCACUACAAUGGUCAAAUCCCCAUUGCAAUUUGUGGUAUGGCAUGUCGCCUACCAGGCGGCCUAACGACACCUGAAGAACUUUGGGAUUUCCUCCUCGCAAAGAAAGAUGGUCGAUGCCGUGUCCCAGAGUCAAGAUAUAACAUUAACUCGUAUUACUCGGAUGCAAAACAGCCAGGAACUGUCUCAACAGAGUGUGGAUACUUUCUAGAUGAAAGUGUCGACGUCGGCGCGCUGGAUAUGUCCUUUUUCACCAUGACGCGCACCGAGGUGGAGCGAGCCGACCCUCAGCAACGAUUGAUGCUGGAAGUUGCACGAGAAGCAUUCGAGGAUGCGGGUGUGACAAACUGGAGAGGCAAGACAAUCGGUACUUAUAUUGGUAAUUUUGGAGAGGACUGGCUGGAAAUGCUUGGGAAAGAGACUCAGCCAUGGGGGAUACAUCGUAUCUCGGGCUCAGGAGACUUUGUUGUUGCCAACCGCCUCUCUUAUGAGUUCGAUUUACAAGGGCCAAGCAUGACGAUUCGCACAGCUUGUUCUUCCGCCUUGGUGGCCCUGAACGAGGCCUGCGCCGCUAUUAGCAGAGGCGACUGUGAAUCCGCGCUGGUAGGUGGUGUCAACCUGAUACUUGCACCAGGAAUGUCGAUGGCGAUGCAGGAACAGGGGGUACUAUCCAAGGACGGUUCAUGCAAGACUUUCUCUGCCAAUGCCAAUGGAUAUGCCCGUGGAGAAGCGGUUACAGCAGUUUUCGUCAAACCGUUAGCCCAUGCCCUUAGAGACGGCAACCCAAUCCGAGCCAUCGUGAGAGCCACAUCCCAUAAUGCGGAUGGCAAGACUCCAACGCUAUCACAGCCUAGCACAGAUGCACAAGAAGCUCUGAUAAGGAGGGCAUAUGAGCUCGGGGGUAUUAAUAACUACGCAGAAACCGCCAUGGUUGAAUGCCAUGGUACGGGCACGCCGACUGGGGACCCUAUCGAAGCGGGAGCUGUCGCCAGGGUUUUUGGGGAGAAAGGCGUCUACAUAGGAUCAGUUAAGCCAAAUCUCGGACAUACUGAAGCGGCGUCUGGCCUAGUAUCACUUUUAAAGAUGGUGAAAGCACUUGAACAUCGCGUUAUCCCUCCAAAUAUCAAAUUCACCAGCCCCAACCCAAAUAUUCCGUUUGUGGAUUGCAAGCUCACAGUACCUACAGAGCCAACUCCCUGGCCAGAAGAUAGACUCGAACGAGUCAGUGUCAAUUCAUUCGGGAUCGGUGGUGCAAAUGCUCAUGUUAUCCUAGAGUCUGCCGCUACCUACCAUAUCCCAACUCCGGUUUAUGAAACUCCGGAGACACCCCAGCUUCUAUUAUUCACAGCAAAUUCACUAAAGUCUAUCACAAGGUUAGUCGACAAUUACAAAGCCUGGAUUGAGGAGAAUCCAGACAAAGUGAGUGAUUUGGCCUACACUUUGGCGAGAAGGAGGGAACAUUUACCGCACCGAGUGUUUGCUAUUGUCAGUAACGGUGGCGUUGAAAGUGUUUCGCAGCCUACGAAGUCAAAGUCAGCAAAACCGCCGGGCGUCGUGAUGGUUUUUACUGGCCAAGGCGCCCAAUGGCCACAGAUGGGACGAGAGUUGCUUCGGUCGAAUGAAGUCUUCAAGUCUAGCAUUAGAUCUCUCGAUGAAUACCUACAGACCAUUGAUGGUGAGAAACCUCAGUACACGAUCGAGGAAGAGCUCAAGAGGCCAGGCAAGAAGAGUAAACUAUCCUUGGCUGAAAUUUCCCAACCACUUUGCACUGCUAUCCAGAUUGCACUGGUAGAUACUCUUAAAUCAGCAGGAGUUGUCCCAGAUGCCGUCGUGGGCCAUUCUAGUGGUGAGAUUGCUGCAGCAUACGCUUCUGGCGCUCUUACAGCUAGAGAGGCCAUUACCGCUGCCCACCACCGUGGGGCUGUGACAAAUAGGCAGAAACGAGCAGGAACGAUGGCAGCCAUUGGAAUGAGCUGGGAAGAGACUGAAAAGUACCUCGCCCCGAAUGUCACGAUUGCGUGUGAUAACUCUCCUAAGAGCGUUACGAUUUCAGGAGAUGUUGAUGCUGUGAAAUCCGUCAUUGCUACUAUCAAGGAAGAACAACCACAAAUACUGGCUAGGCUGCUCCAAGUUGACAAAGCCUAUCAUUCGUACCAUAUGAAAGAGAUCGGAGAGGAUUACCAGUUGUUGAUCGGCGAGGAAGUGGUUGGCAGAGCCCCAUCAGUCCUCUUCUUUUCUAGUGUGACCGGAAAUCUCCUGAGCACUGAGCAAAAAAUUGAUUCAAAAUAUUGGCAAGAUAACUUGGAAUCGCCAGUUCGGUUCAAAGAGGCUGUCACGGCAAUUUUAAAGCAUGAAGUUGGCAAGAAUUCAGUCUUUCUUGAGGUCGGGCCCCAUGGAGCUCUUGCAGGUCCACUAAGACAAAUAUUCACCCAGGCCUCGUCUUCUGCUCCUUAUAUUUCGACCAUGGCACGAAAUCAAGAUUGUACCGCAUCUUUCUUGGCUGCUAUUGGGGCACUCCAUUCACUUAGUGUCAGUAUUGACCUUGAGUCCCUCUUCCCUACAGGCUCCUGCCUUCCAGAUCUCCCCCGAUACCCAUGGAACCAUGAAGGUAGUUACUGGUACGAAACGCGCCUAAGUAAGGAAUGGCGCAAUCGCAAAUACCCAUACCAUGAUCUCCUUGGUGCCAGAGUGGCUGAAAGUAGUGAUAGUGAGCCUGUUUGGCGUAAUUUAUUCCAUGUCACAAACACACCAUGGAUCCGUGACCACAAGGUUGGGGAAAACAUUGUCUUCCCAUUCUGUGGUUACAUUGCCCUUGCAGGAGAGGCUGCCAGACAACUGACUAAUAUCGAAGAAGGAUUCAGCGUUCGAAAUAUCAUUGUCAGCACAGCUCUAGUGCUUAGUGAAGGGAAACCGACUGAAAUUUUGGCCUCUUUUCGACCACAUCGCUUGACAAACUCAUUGAAUAGCGCAUGGUGGGAGUUCACCGUCACAGCUUAUAACGGCCGUAACUGGACAAAACAUUGUACUGGAGAAGUCUCCGCUUUUUCAUCGACGCUCGGGCAGGCUCAGAAUCCUAAUCCCUUACCCCGAAAGCUCAAUGUUAGGAAAUGGUAUGAGAAAAUGAGCAAGGGUGGCCUGGAUCUAGGGGGGUCAUUCCAGACUCUUGACACAAUAACGACUUCGACAUCAGAUCAACAGGCUGUCGGCAACAUUGUGAAUGGGAGGCAAGGAGAUGAGGCUAAUUACCACAUACACCCUACUGCGCUUGAUGGAACCCUCCAGAUUCUCGGAGCUGCUGCAGUCAAUGGAUAUGCGCGCAAAACCAAGACCUGGCUCCCGACCAGCAUCGACAAAGUCAGCGUCCGCAGGUGCGCUUCAGACCUAGUAACUAGCGUUUCAGCUAGGCUAUCCAGUAACUUCUCAGUCGUUGGGGAAGGUCGUUGCACAUCUGGUGGCAUGACUGUCGUUGAAGCUAGUGGUAUUCGCAUGUCACUCGCAGAUGGUGCGGGUGCAUCUGACGUUCCAGAUACACACGCAGCAUCAAGAUGUGAAUGGAGACCCGACAUUGACUUCUUGGAUGUGAAUGAGCUCAUACACGCACCUCAUGGGCGUACUAACCACCUACGGCUACUAGAAGAGCUUGGAGAUAUUUGCUUGCUAUUGUCCCAACGGAGCUUUUCAGAAUCUCCGAGACAGCCGAUUCUGCCCCAUUUAUCAAAAUAUGUUGCUUGGGUUCAGUCUCAAUCCACCUCAAUUGUUACCAGGUUGCCCUGGACUUGGACGGGCCUUGACAAUGAGGCUAUCUCUGCCCGAGUCGAGGGUAUAAUUAGUCGGCUAUCAGGCACACCCGCAGCUCCAGUCGCCAGCAUGAUUCACCAGGUUUGUACCAAUAUGGAUUCUUUCCUGUCCGGCGAGAACUUCGGGAAUGAUUUCCCAGGCGGAAAGCUCAUACCCAUCUAUGACUUUAUCGGACAAGUAGAUCGAAAGGAAUUUAUUCGGCACUUGAGUCACUCCAAACCCAACCUCCGAAUCCUGGAGAUUGGGACCGGAAAAGGUGUGUCGUUGCAUCGUCAUAUCCUUGACGAAUUGACGCGUCCUGAUGGGGAGAUUCUCUGCUCCAAAUACACCUUAACUAACCCUGGCUAUGUUGUGGAAACAACUCAAGAGAAGCUAUUUCCGAAUAUGGAGUUCGCCAGCCUAGAUAUAAACAAGGACCCCUUCGACCAAGGAUUCGAGGAAGUUGGAUAUGAUCUAAUCAUAGCUGUCAACGCUCUUCACGAGACAGAAAACAUUAUAGCGAGCUUGGCCAACAUUAAGAAGCUCCUACGUCCCGAUGGCAGAUUGUUUCUGCAGGAACUUUGUCCCUCGUCAAACUGGGUCAAUUAUGUGCUCGGGUUGCUCCCAACCUGGUGGUCGAAUGCUGCAGACAAACCAGCUGAGGCGCUUAUUUUAGGCAAAGAAGGCUGGCAGUCAAAACUUAAAGCUGCAGAAUUUGGCAAUAUUGAGGCCGUUACCCUAGAUGCGGAAGAACCUCAUCAGGUUACGGUCACAAUGGUUGUAAGACAGCCUUGUGCAAUGCCUACGAAAAAGAUAACAGCCCUUGUUGAGGGUGAAGGACCUGCCGUUAUCAGAAUCUUGGACCAGCUUAACAACCAGGGCUACCAAGUGACUAGGUGCAAAUUAAACGAUAUUCCGCCAGCAGGACAAGAUGUAAUUUCACUUUUGGACGCCGAAACCCCCUUUUUCCACGGCAUCGACGAAGCACAUUUUCUGUCGUUCAAGGCCUUUCUCCUUUGCUUACAAGACCGCGAUGCAGGAAUGCUGUGGGUAACUCAUCUCAUCGACAUUGGCUGUAAUGAUCCGCGAUAUGCACAAAUUCUCGGUCUUUCCAGGACCAUCCGUACAGAGCAGCUCGCCGAUUUGGCGAUCUGCCAGGUUGACAGCUUCGAAAGUAAUACUUCCAUCAACCAGCUUCUUCAGGUCCUUGCCAAGUUUCAAGCACGGAAAGGCGACGAAGAACUCAACCCGGACUUUGAAUGGGCCAUUUUUAACGAACGUGUCCAAGUCGCACGCUUCCAUCCUUUCGUCUUGGCGGAUGAACUCUUGGUCGCAGAGGGAGCGAACGAGAAGGCUACACUGAAUGUUCGUACACCGGGACGGGUCAAUAGUUUGCAUUAUGAACGCCAUGCACGAAAGGAGCUUGAAAGUGACGAGGUAGAGGUCCAGGUAUAUACAGCUGGGUUGAACUUUAGGGAUAUUUUGGUUGCACUGGGUAUUGUUGAACUUCCGAUCCGUCUCUUCGGAAUCGAAGCCGCUGGCAUCGUAACUCGUGUGGGAGUAGAUGUUAGCCCUAAUGACCUUCAAAUUGGCGAUAGAGUCGUUUGCUUUUGCAGAAAGGACGCGUUCUCGACGUAUACAACGACUCUAGCUGCUGUUUGCGUGCGAAUUCCAGAUAGUCUCAGCUUCAACCAAGCUGGAACUAUGCUAAUACCAUAUUUCACAGCAAUCCACUCUAUUGUCAACGUCGGCCGUGUUAGCAAAGGCCAGUCAGUCCUAAUACACAGCGCAUGCGGUGGAGUUGGCCUGGCCGCUAUCCAAGUUGCCCAAAUGCUAGAGGCUGAGGUAUACGCCACGGUUGGAAGCGAAACAAAGGUCAAGUAUUUGAUGGAGAACUACCACAUCCCACGAAAUCGAAUCUUCAACUCCCGAGACAAAACGUUUGUGGAUGGUGUCAUGCGUGAAACGGAGGGCCGUGGCAUGGACUUUAUUCUCAAUUCCCUCUCUGGCGAUCUCCUACACGCUACAUGGAGCUGCGUUGCAGAAUUUGGUACACUGCUCGAAAUCGGAAAACGUGAUUUAAUUGGCGAUGGUAGACUUGACAUGAAACCAUUCCUAGCGAACCGCAGCUAUUGUUGUGUCGACAUUGACGGGCUUUGGAAAAAGAUUCAUGUAGCCAGGGCUUUGAUAUUUUCCAUCUUGGAAUUCUACAACAAGGGGCAUAUCUCCCCUCUACCCACGACGAUCUUCCCUGCAUCCCAAACGCAAGACGCAUUUCGCUUUAUGGAAAAGGGCCAGCAUAUUGGACGUGUCGGCGUUUCGAUUAAGCAGACUGAGGAAGCUGUGCUGGGAUUCGAAACAACUAAGAGAUCUCUGACGAUCGCCUUUAAUGAAGCAUCCUCCUACCUAAUGGUCGGGGGUCUUGGGGGUAUUGGUCGUGCUGUGUCUACCUGGAUGGUUGACCAUGGUGUUCGCGAGCUUAUCUAUCUAUCCCGCAGCGCUGGGCGCACCGCUAAAGAUGACGUUUUUGUUCACGAACUCCGGACCAUGGGUUGUGCGGUUAAACUCGUGAGUGGAGAUACGACGAAGCUCGAGGACGUACAAAGAGCCAUUGCCGCAGCGACAUACCCGAUGAAAGGUAUUGUGCAGAUGUCUAUGGUGGUCGCUAACGAGAACUUCACAAAGAUGAGUUUUGGCGAGUGGAUGGCGUCAACGGCGCCCAAAGUCCAGGGGACAUGGAAUUUGCAUAACGCUUCUCUAGCUGCAGGAAUCGAUCUGGACUUCUUUUUGAUGUUCAGCUCGGUGUCGGGCAUUGUCGGGCAAGCAGGCCAGGCCAAUUAUGCAAGUGGAAACAGCUUCCUGGAUGCGUUUGCCCAAUACCGUAACGGCCUAGGCCUAGCGGCCUCAGUUGUUGAUAUGGGGGCUGUCGAAGACGUUGGAUGGAUUUCAGAGCACCAAGGGAUGAUGGGUAAAAUGUCAAGGAGCGGCUUCAAGCCCGUGCUAGAGCAGGAGGUCAUAGACGCAAUGGCGAUAUGCAUGCUAGUUCACAGCAAGCCGGGUCAAGCCGCCGAGAGAGCUCUUGCUGUGGCUUCGAAAAACGAUUCCUGUUUCGUUCACAAAAACACAUUCCUUGUCGGCCUUGCAUUGCUCAUUCCGCUUCACGAUCCCAGCAACUACGUGAUCUGGAAGCGAGAUCGCCGCAUGGCCUCAUAUCACAAUAACUCUACGAUUAGUGCAGCCGCAGCCUCCACGGAUACCCUAAAAUCCUACUUGAACAGUGCCCAAGCAGAUCCUUCAAUUCUCAAAUCAUCGGAAGCAGCAAGGCUUUUUGCCGUUGAAAUAGGAAAGAAACUCUUCGACCUAUUGCUCAAGCCCCAGGACGAGCUUAAUACAAGUUGGCCAUUGCUCGAUCUCGGCCUUGACUCGUUGGUAGCUCUAGAGUUACGUGCUUGGAUCAAGCAGGUAUUCUCCUUUGACCUUCCUAUGCUGGAAAUGAUGAGUAUUGGGUCACUCGAUAUUCUCGGUCAAUAUGCGGCGAAUGAGGUGUACAGGAUCGUGACAGAUAAUAACGAAAGCUAG